UGCGCUCUCAUCCUCGGUGCGGCUUGUGUCUCUGCCUACUCCUGUGCGUAAGAGCGCACCGAUGGAUGGUGUGAAGUGAUGCACUCCUCAAAACGCGAAACCUGAGCCUACAAAAAGCCUUCGCUGGGAAGACGAAUGAAUGCGCAACAGAGCGCACGCCUUGGAGCGCAGUUCGUUAUAUCCAGCCAAGUUCAGCACACGUAGAUUGUUUUCAUUCUGCGCGUUUUUUUUCUCUCCCUUCUGGAUGAUGAUAUGUUAGGAAAGAUGUGCAUGAGCGCGGAUGACGGUGCGUUGCUAUUCGGAUAUAUGUUUGUGGACUUUCCAGCCGAUCAUGACCGUGCGCCUUUUCGCCUCUAUCCAAGUCGCUUUGUUUCCGCGUGAAGUUGAACGGGGGAGAAGACAAGAUGAGAGGGAGAUACUUCCUCCUCGGCUUCUUGUUGCUCAAACUUAUGGCGCUCGUGUGCAAGGCUGACGGGGAGCCAGGGCUGCUCGGAGGAUUCGUAAUGAUCGCCACCUCCAACGGCUCCAGGGAGGAGGAGAGCGUGUCCGAGGAGACCCCGCACACGGAGGACAAAUGUCGGGGCUACUUCGACGUGAUGGGCCAGUGGGACCCGCCGUUCACCUGCGACACGGCCAAUUAUCUGUACUGCUGCGGCACCUGUGGCUUCCGCUUCUGCUGCUCCCACAAGCACUCGCGUCUGGACCAGAGCACCUGCAAAAACUAUGACACCCCGGUGUGGCUGAAGGCCGGACAGACCCCCUAUAAAAAGAUGAACAAUAUGCAGGACAGCACCAAAGACAAGACGAACUUAAUUGUUUACAUCAUUUGUGGAGUAGUGGCCAUCAUGGCUCUCGUGGGGAUUUUCACCAAACUGGGGCUGGAAAAGGCGCACCGGCCUCAAAGAGAGAACAUGUCCAGGGCCGUUGCCAGCGUGCUGCAGGGUGGGUGUCCAGGUGAGCAGUUCCGGGGGGAGGAGGCCCUCGGGAUGCAUUCACAGCACUAUGUCUCCAGACCCACAAACCUCCAGGGUGGUCAGAUUAACAACAAUGUGGGCCCGGGCUCCAACAUGGUUCAGCAGCAUCCCUACCCCGCCCUCAGCCAGCUGGCUCACGUCUACGAGCAGCAGCAGCAGCAACAGCAGCAGCAGCAGCAGCAGCAGCUCCAAAACAAGGAUCUCAACAAGUACGCCACCCUGAAGGCAGUGGCUGCCAAGUACAAUGGUGAACUCUACAACAAGCAUCGACUGAUGGUGGAGCUGCCAACAAAAGGUGGCCUUCCUCUCCAGCCCAUGGGAAACUCCAGACCCUCCAUGGGGAACAUGUCAUCCAUGACUCCUCCGAUGACCACCAACCCGAUGGCCACAAACCCUCGGACCUCCAAUUCCAUAAACCCUUCCCAGAUGACUUCAAUGACCCCAAUGGCUUCAAUGACCCCAAUGACGUCCAUGACGCCCAUGACUUCUCUGACGCCCAUGACCUCCAUGACACCCAUGGCCAUGCACACCCCUAUGACCUCCAUGACUCCUAUGACCUCCUUGGGUCCACUGACUCCAGAGCCGGUGGCCACCUACGUCACUGAGAUGCCCACCAUCUCCUCAGUUUCAACCCUCCCAACAGAACGGCACCUUGCUGCUGGGGGUGGUGGGGGACUCAAGCCAAAUGGCCAGAAACCCAAAGGCGGCCAUAGUCAUGCUGUCCACAGCUCUCACGGCUCACACAGCCACAUUCACAGCCACAGUAGCAAGCCGCCGGGACUCGGGCCUACCUCCCUGGCACACAUGGCAGGGACCAUGCCAGGUGGCACAUCCCUGGGCAUCUCCAGGGCCGCUGGGACAGCUAUUGGUCCAAACUCAGCUACGAUGGGCCGCCCAUUGGCGUACAGCUCCAACACGAUUGCGACUGGGCAUGGGAUGGGGCUUGGUCUAAAGGGCUGGGAUGGGACUGAGACUGUGGGUCGGAGGAAGACUUACGGGCCCAAGAGGCCUCAAUGUACCAUACUGGAGCCCAAUCAGCUUCAUGGAACCAGAGGCCACAGCCACAGCCAACAUUUCCUCCCCACACAGCCCUACUUUGUGACCAACAGCAAGACAGAGGUGACUGUGUGAGAGAGAAAGAAUAGGAGACAAAAAAAGAGGGGAAAGGAUGCAUGUGGAGUGGUGGCACAAGUGGAGAUGCCAACUCCUGGGGUGUUCAAAGGUGCAUAUCUACAUGUGUGUUUAUGUGAGGCAUCUGAGGCGCAUUGGUAAACUGUGUCUGAGUGGUCCUCGAUUUCACAGAGUUCACCAAUCAAAUCACUCAACAGACCUUUGUUGUCAAGAGGAUGGCGGCUGGGUUGGUGGCACCUAUAAUCGUAUUUAGAGUCCGUAGUACAGGGAUGUCUGGACACCUGUGCUUCUGUUAGUGUUGUCUCACAGUUGAUAUCAGCUCUGGAAGGACAACAACAUCCGAGUAUUACAGUGACUACACACUGACGGUGAAGUGGGAAACUGCUGAAUAUUGGAAGAAUUGGCUUUGUAAACCAAACCCAAGAAGCAAUAUAAGGGAUCCAGAAAAGCAUCGAAGCAUCGUGGGAAAGGAGAAGUAGAGCAAGUUUACCCCUUUUCCUCUGAACAAGAGGCGUGAUCGUCUGCCCAAAAA